GUGUGGACCCAGCUCCUUGCUCCUUGCUGCCAUACCCACUAGAGCUGCCUCACGAACUCCGGGACGGUCACGAGAAGUGACCCCUCAGGGAUCCAGAGCUCCGCCUUCUUUCAGGGACCCGGAGAGAGCCGAGGGCUCCGCCUGAGCAGUGUCCCGGAGCGCGAGGGCGAGCCCCGAGGAGGCGGCGUCUCCCUCAGGGACCCUGAACGUAGCUGGCGCGGGCGCCGAGCGCUUUCCCCCGCCCGAACCCGGCGGGUGGUGUGGCUGCACUUAAACCAAACGGCCUCCGCGGGCCGCGGCCUCCCGGGGCUCCCGAGGGCCUGUUACCUCCUCCAUCGCCCCAAGUGCAGAGGCUGCCUCUUCUUCAGCCCCAGAGCCCCGGGAAACAUCCCAACCCCAGAGAAGGGCGGAUUCGCGGAGAAGAGACGAUGCUUAACACUACAAGGAUAGUGAUCUCUCUGGACCACCUGAUUUGAACUUGAAGCUUGAGUUAUUGACAUCAGGGGCAAACAUGCUGGACCCAACGAGUGAAAGGGACCCUUUUGACCAAGAAAACAUGGAGGAGAUCUCCCACCUCGCUUCCCUGGAGAUGUCGGGGGAUGUAGUCGCCAAGACAAACUCUACAACCGUCGUCCUAGAAAAACCCAGCUACCCAGACUUCGUGUACGUUAAGGCAGCGAACAUUUUUCAGGGUAUUCGGACCCAAAGGUCACCAGACAAAGUCAUAAUAAAUUAUGGAAGCGAACCCCUGCGGCCCUCCUCGACCCACACCGAGGAUGAAUCUUUUCAGCGCCUGUCCUAUGAAUUGGCUUUCAGCACCCUGAAGUAUCAAGAUAUUUUGGAAAGUAUAUUAAUAGAUAGCUAUAUCUUCUCAAGUACCACAAUCGCGAAUCAGUUGAACAGUCUUGUCAUUGUGAUGCUCUAUGACUUCCAAGAUAGAAAAUUUCAGCCCCGUGUCCUUUCUGAGAAUGAAGAGACCAUACCAGAAGUUCAAGAAGUAGAGAACCUUCUAUACAGCUUUAAGACAAAAUUGGCUGCAGCGUUGGCGAGAUGUCGAAUCAAACAUGAUGCCCUCUCAAUUUACCAUAUUCUGCCAGAGACAGUUAGGAAACAGGAACAAAGGGCCUCAACUUUGCCUCUUUAUGCUUGGAUAAAUACUAGUAAAAUAAGCCUUGAAGAAGUCUAUAGUAAUUUGAGGAGGAAAGGUUACACUAAAGUCAAGUCUAUAACGACUGUCAAUGAGAAAGUCUAUGCAGUAGACCAGCACUGCUACAACGUCUUAAUUUUUCCAGCUCAUCUCAAAACAGACCUUUUAAACGUAGAUCUUAUAAAAGACUAUAAACUUAUUUUCCAGGACAAAUCUCGAAGUCUUGCCGUCCACUCUGUGAAAGCUUUGAUGAACAUUGAUGAUGAUGUCCUUAUGGUCAACAUGGGUUCGUGGUACACAGUUGCCCAUAUGUCCACCUUAACAAGUGGUCACACUUCCAAAAUAUUUGCAUGUGGAAUACAACCAGGAGAGAAGGAUUUUGAUGCGAGGAAACUUUUUGCAAGAAUGGGAUGUCAAAACAUUGAAAUACUUCACGAAACAUUUCUUAGCAUUGAAUCCAAAGAUCACCGCUUACAGAACGUGAAGGUCAUUCUGCUGCUGCCUCGCUGUUCAAGCCUGGGCGUCAGUAAUCCAGUGGAAUUCAUUUUAAACGAACGCGAAGUUACUAAAGCUCAAGCAAUUGUUUAUUGCACAUGUUCUGUUUCUAAAGAGGAAAAUGAAGAAGUUGUUCAGAAAGCACUGGAAUAUCAAAGCUCAGGGGCUAAAAUGCAACCUUACAGACUCAGCCCUCCUGUUCUCCCACUGUGCUCCCUAAAAGAGAUAGAACUGUCUAUGGACAGAUUUUUCAGAUUGGAACCAUCUGAUAUGAACAAUGGCUGUUUUCUUUCUAUCUUAACGAGAGAGCGAGACCCAUCUGAGACAGUGUCUGUGAAAGACGUUCUGGCCAGGGCGGCAGCCAAAGGUCUACUGGAAGGGGUUGAGGUUGGAAAGGCACUCAAAAGGGACAAGAAGAGGAAAAAAUCAAAAGCACUGCCGCCCAGGGCUCCUCACCCUGGGGACCCACUUCGUGAUGGUAAUGACACCAGCAAUGUCCAAACAAAAAUCUCUGAGUUCUUACAUCGAGAAAGCAAGAUAAGUACUUCAACAAAAAUGUCCGCCCCGGCAAAAACUGUGUCUCAAGUCGGCACUUCCUCCCAAGUCAGAAAGCCCAGCAAGCCUUUAUCAACCCCGCUGGUGAGGAAUUUUUCCAGGCCGGUAGAAAGGCCAACAAACUUUGUGAAAGCGCGGCCAGAAGGCAAAGUGAUUCCUCUGAAACCGAUUGAAAUCGUUCUGCCGCCAGUGAUAUUCCCAUUGAGUCCCCAGGGGCCCAGGGUUCAGAUGCCAGCCACCCAUUUUUAUUACCGCUUCAUUGGAUCAAAGGUUGGUGCGCUCCGCCAUCUUACAUCAUCAACCCUCAGAAGAAAGGAGAAGGUUAAGGAGAACACACCUUCCUCCUCUGUCAGGCACCCUAGACCAUGGCUCUGACUGUGUGGCCCUUGUGACUGGGCUUUGUCCAGUUUUAGAUACUGUUACACGAGAUGCUGGUGCUCGUGGUUGCUAAGUAUCCUCUAAUGCAAUCUAACCUCCAGAGAGAGAGAAUGAAAGACGGAUGAGGAGUAACACUGGAGGGGCUGAGCUAAGUUAAGGUUCCAUCAGCUCAGUGCUAACCACCUGUUUUAGGAAGUUCAGUUGCUGUUAGGCCUUGUCUCUCUCUUGGGAGGUUUCAAGUGUGGGCGGAGCAUGGCUGUCUUACCUGAAGGGAACCCGGGACCCCUUCCAAUAGGUUGAUUUGCAGAUCUGACUGGGGGGGCUUGGUAGAAAGUCCCGAGACACAAAGGAUGCUGUUCUUUCCAGCCUGCUCCAGCUCUAGCCAGGAACCUGCUGACCACUCCUUAGCCAGGCAGUUACUGGAGCCGAAACCUCUCAAAACCCAACUGAGGUCAGCUUUUUCCUUAAGCAUCCUACUGCUCCUGAGACAGGGCACGUCAGGAGGUUCUCUAGUGGCCUGAGCUUUGAGUACGGUAGGAAGCAUAGGAAGUCCCAAGUGCCAGAUGUGCACAGUCCAGAUGUGCAUUCAGAAAACGUUUCUGGAGAGUCUCCUGAUAAGCCCUCCCUUCUGUUUGUGCCAAACACUGUUGGAAAAAGGACAGUGAGAGAGUUUCCACCUAAGGAUCCUUAUCCCGAGAAAUAGGUCUUAACUGUCGAACAGAAGCGACAUUAUCACUGAAGAAACUCAGAGGUUUCUGAUUCUACGCAAAGAUCAGGUGGCACGGCCAAAUGUACAAGUCAUUUCAAGGGCACACGGGGAUCGAACCUUGGGGAACUCAUUUCUGAUGCACAGUUAGAAUAUAUUGUAGCACUAUGUUAAUUACAUUAAAUGUCACUACUCUUAGCUAUAGUAACCAUUGCCUAGUAAUACUGACAUGAUCAUUUCUGGGUCUGAUUUUUUUUUUUAUCAUGGCAACAGAAAUUGUUUGACGUUAAAUAAAGUUAUGAUUACAA